UCAGACAGCGAUCAUAUGACUGAAGCCCGACUACAACGUGACCAACUCACCUCAGACCAUCGGACCGUCUCCUUUACUCUGUUUCGAGUCUCCAACUGGGACUCGGGUGGCCCCGUGUCGAGCGUCCAGCGCCAGGCUGAAGUUUCACAAUGCCGAAGAAAACGCUGUGUCUUCUCCUUUUGGCCUGGGCUGUGGUGGAGCCAGUGAGCUCCAGGGGCUGCUCUUCAUUCUUCUGUCGGAAGUCUCACCGUGUCAGUCACUCAUACGGAGCAGACCCCGGAAAACCCCUCUUCCUAACCCCAUAUCUGGAGCAAGGAAAGAUAGAGGAAGCUAGAAAGCUGAGCUUGGUGGGCCCUCUGCCUGGUGCCAAUGUGAAGAGUUACUCUGGCUAUCUCACCGUCAACAAGAGCUACAACAGCAACCUCUUUUUCUGGUUCUUUCCUGCACAGUUUAAACCAGAAACUGCUCCAGUUCUCCUUUGGCUGCAGGGAGGCCCUGGAGGCACCUCCAUGUUCGGCCUUUUUGUGGAACAUGGACCCUAUGUUGUGUAUCAGAAUCUCACAUUGGGCUACAGGGAAAUCCCCUGGACCUCAAGAUACUCAGUUCUUUACAUUGACAAUCCAGUAGGUACUGGAUGGAGUUUCACUGAUGAUGACAAAGGCUUUGCUACAAACCAGGAUGAUGUUGGCCGGGACCUGUACAAUGCACUGACUCAGUUCUUCCAGCUCUUCAGUGAGUUUCAGUCCAAUGAGUUCUACGCCACAGGAGAGUCCUAUGCAGGGAAAUAUGUACCAGCAAUUGGCUACUACAUCCACAAGAAUAAUCCCUCAGCUAAAGUGAAGAUCAACUUUAAGGGAGUGGCUAUUGGGGAUGGUCUGUGUGACCCUGAGCUGAUGAUGGGUGGCUAUGCUGAUUUCCUGUAUCAGACAGGCAUGGUAGACGAGCAGCAGAGGCUAUAUGUGAAGAUGCAGACAGAUGCUGGCGUCAGACUGAUCCAGCAGCAGAGGUGGAUAGAAGCCUUUGAGGUUUUUGACAGCUUACUGAAUGGAGACCUUGUCCCUUAUCCAUCAUUCUUCCAAAACGCUACUGGUUGCACUAACUACUUCAACUAUAUGCAGUGCCAGGAGCCUGUGGAUCAAGAGUACUUUAGCAAGUUUGUGAAUUUGCCAACAGUAAGAAGCUCCAUCCAUGUUGGAAACCUAACAUUCAAUGAUGGCUCUGAGGUAGAGAAACACCUGCUCCAGGAUGUCAUGAAGUCCAUCAAACCCUGGCUGGGUAUCCUCAUGGACAACUACAGAGUGCUAAUCUACAGUGGGCAGCUGGAUGUGAUUGUGGCAGCUCCACUGACUGAGAGAUUCCUGCCCACAGUGAAUUGGACUGGGGCUGACGCGUACAAAACUGCUGAACGCUUUCACUGGAAGGUCCGCCCCAGUGACAAGGAGGUAGCAGGCUACGUCCGGCAAGUAGAAGAAUUCUACCAGGUAAUUGUUAGAGGUGGGGGACACAUUUUGCCUUAUGACCAGCCAGAGAGGUCUUUUGACAUGAUUGACAGAUUCCUGUCCACAAAGGGAUUUCUGUCUGUCUGAUGUUCUCCACAUAGACUUUGGAUGUUUUAAUCACCCUGUCUGGGAUUCUUUUGCAGCAGUGACUGUUUAUUCCUGUGACUGAUAACUGCCACUGAAUGAAUCAGAGUUCAGUGUAUGUAUAUUUGGCAACUUACAGAUUUUGUUUUUGUUGUACUUGAUAAGUUUUUUGAUUAAAGCAAAAUUUUAACUAAAA